AUGUUCAGAGAAAGAGGUAAAUUUUUUACGGAGAGGACCCCAACACUACCAGCUGGGGACUUACAUACGGAACCACCAUCACGGCAAUUACGAAACAAAGAAAGGCUACCUGAAGAAAUGUGUGUCACACCAGAAGUAGAGAAGGUAGUAGACACCCAACAUGCUGGGCCGAUGUCAAUUUGUAUCUUGAGAAAAACUAAACUAAAUGCUGCUAUGGCAGUUGCUUUAGACAAAGAGUUAUCAAAGCUAAUUGAUAAAGGGGUAGUGGAGAAAGUUUCUCACUCAGCUGAUGUGUUUCAACGUCCAAAAAAGAUGUUCCUGUCGCUCGUGGACGACUGCAAAACAUCUACCGAAGGUUUAGGAUACAGAGGAAGGAAGUCAGUGACCAGUACCGGUAAAACUUGUCAGAGGUGGGACAGCCAAACUCCGCAUUCACAUGAUUACGCUGACCUACUUCCGGGGAACGCCAGCAAACACGAGAAUUAUUGCAGAAACCCACUUGCAGAAAAUGUAGAUGGCCCCUGGUGCUAUACAACAGAUGACGAUACGAGAUGGGAGCUAUGCUAUAUUCCCUUUUGUGAAUGUAGAGAGACCAUGGAAGGGGUAGAAUACAGAGGAACAAUGUCUCAAACAAUGGAGGGUUACGACUGCCAGAGGUGGGACAGUCUAGUUCUUCCCGAUUCUUAUUAUGCCAAACAACUAGAAGGAAACAUCAGUGAGCAUGAAAAUUAUUGCAGGAAUCCGGGAAAUUCCGAGGAUCUAGGGAAACUUCCCUGGUGCUUUACUUCAGUGCCGGAUGUGCCAUGGGGCUAUUGUAACAUCCCGUUUUGUUCCAAAAGUAAUGCAGAGUGUCUUAAUGACGAAAAAGGUGUUAAGUACUUUGGUACCAAAUCAACAACCAAAGAUGGCCUAACUUGUCAACGCUGGGAUGUACUAGAGCCACAUUGGCACAGUUUUUCUAAGGGAUUUAUGGGACUCAAUGCCUCUGAACAUGAGAAUUACUGCAGAAACCCAGAGGAGGACGAAAUGCCCUGGUGCUACACCGUUAAUUCUACUAUACCUUUUCAAUAUUGUGAUAUUCGCUUAUGUAAGGAAAAGGACUGUAAAGACACAGAAAACGGCGUGGGAUACAGAGGAAAGCGAGAUACUACUCGGGACGGGAUACUUUGUCAGCGAUGGGACAGGAACACUCCACACAGGCCACACGGCACUAUAAAUUUCCCUGGAUCAUCUUUGUCUGCACAGGAAAACUACUGUAGAAACCCGCAGAACGAUAUAUCACCCUGGUGCUACACAACGGAUCCAAAUAUACGCUGGCAGUAUUGUGAUAUACCUUUUUGUUUAAACAAGUUUGUAUUUCGUCUGUCGGCACAGCCAUCCGCAUCACUAUCAAACUUGCCUACAUUGAAAUCACCCCUCUUACGUUCUACCUACACUGGAGGCUGUUUGCAGCUGGAAUAUCGUAGCAAGGGUAUUAACCUUGUAAUAAAAACCACCACUCACACAUUGACUAGACUUCCAGAAAGUGUAGAGUGGAAGAGAGUAAAAGUGAACAUACCUUUUCAUCCUGAAAACUACGAGGUGUUAAUUGUACCAUUUUCCACCACAUCUUUAGUUGAAGUGGGCAUAAGGUUAAUCGAUAUUCAAGAGAAGACUUGUCAAGAUUGUUUUGCCUGUCUGCAUGAUGGCCUAUGUAUUGAAAGGGAGGGAUUUUGUGAUAUGAACCUGGAUUGUCCUGACUCCACUGAUGAGGAAAACUGUGCUCUUGAGUGUUACUAUGAAAACGUGUACAAAGGAUACCGAAAAGAAACAAAAUAUCUCCACCGAUGCAUGGAAGGUGCGGAAAAUACAUGCAGAUUUGAUGAAAGCAAAGAAAAGCUAGGAUGCUUCGUGAAUUCUGAACAGAGGUGGGAGGAAUGUAACGUUCCAAAAUGUGACACUGGAUUUCUAGAUUGCAAAUUUGAAAAUGACUUGUGCGGUUGGAAACAGAUGCAGCAUGGAAUAAAAUGGAAUCGACAAAUAGCAGAAAAUACGGGCGAAAUGUUUGCAUUGGCUGAAAGUAAAUUACAUUUGAAUGAAGAUAUGGAGGAGAGGGCUGUCUUAUACAGUACACCACAACCUUCAUCGUCUAGUUUUGGUUGUAUAACAAUCUCAUAUUCUGGAAUUAAUGUCAGUUUGAACGUAUUUAUUACACAAGGCACGAAUAUAACAUCAGAUAAAAUAGUUUUUCAGCAUCAAAUAAUUGAGUUGAAAAGUUUUGCCAUAGCAACUUUCCAGACUCCUUUUGGUACCCCUUACAUGGUAGUGAUUGUUGCAAAAUUUCAAGCUAUAUCACCUGGAUUUUUAAAACUAGAAAAAAUAAGCCACGAAAAUGGAAUUUGUAAAGAUAAAGGUCCUUGUGAUAAAACCGAAUUUCAAUGUGAUGACGGGAGCUGUGUACAUGUUGACAAAGUUUGCAAUAGGAAAAACAAUUGUCCAAAUAACGAGGACGAAUUUAUGUGCAGAUAUAACAGCUCAGAAUGUGUUCAAAUGAAAAAUGAGUGUAUUCUACCUUGCCCUUCUCAAUGUGAAUGUCAAGGUGUAAUCUUCAGGUGCCAUUCUCCGGAAAACAUCCCAAAAGAGGUCAAAGUACUUGAUUUUAGCUUAAGCAGCUUUGAUACAAGAAAAUUAAGAAAUUUUAGUUUCCUCUUACAUUUAAAUAUUUCAGAAUGUUCUAUAAACGAUUCCACAGUGAAAAAUCUAGGAUAUCAAUUAAGAUCAUCUAAUCUUCAAAAUCUCGACCUCUCAUUUAACAAUCUUCGGCAUUUGAAUCAGAAUACUUUUGGUGGCAUGAUUAAUCUAUUAUAUCUUAAUAUUUCACACAACCAAAUUGAAAGUUUUGAGAUUUUAUUAUUGAGCUCCAUUCCAAAGUUACGGUAUUUAAAUCUUCGAAACAACAAAAUAGAAAUAAUUCAAGCUAACGAAAUGGGUAAUAUCUUCUAUCCUAAACUUAAAUAUUUGGAUUUAAGAAACAAUAAAAUAAGAACAAUAUCGCCUAAAUCUUUGUACUUGUUAGGUUCAAUAACAAAAUUAAUUUUAAGUCACAACACAAUUACAAAUACGGAGCAGUAUUUUACAAACUCAAUGAGAAUGCUAUCUGAUUUAGAUUUAAGCUCUAAUUUGAUAAAAGUAAUCACGAAUAAUAUGUUUUCGGGUUUAAGCAGACUCCGAGAUUUAAACCUAAAAAACAAUCAAAUUGAAAUUUUAAAUGGAUUCUCAUUUUCAUCACUAAUUUCUUUACGUACACUUAAUCUUGCCUUCAAUAAAAUCCAUACAAUACACAGAAAGGCUCUGGAGAACAUGGUUUUACUCAGUACCUUGAACCUCACAGGAAACAGAUUGAGAAUUCUUGAUUCCGCAAGAUUCGUCGCCCUAAUAAAGCUUCAGAUUUUGGACUUAUCACACAAUGGAAUUUAUUAUUUGAACUACAAUACCUUUCAAAGACUGGAGGAAGUCAAAUAUCUAUAUAUACAUGGAAAUAACUUAAGCGUGUCAAAAACUAUGUUUCAAGGUCUUUGUAACCUUGAAUGGAUGUCGACAGACUCAUACAUUAUUUGUUGUGCCAAACCAUUGUCUGUUGAUGCAUCAAAAUGUAUUUCUCCACAAGACCGAAUCUCCUCUUGCGAACAGUUGAUCAACGUAAGAUUCCUUGCACAAAUGAUAUGGUACAUGGCCCUUUUCUCGUUGGUAGGAAACAGUUACGUAAUUUAUUACCGCAUUAGAAGCAGCGAAGAAGGAAGCACUCUGUCACAAGGAAUUUUCAUUCUGAAUCUAAGUUUUUCUGAUUUAUUGAUGGGUAUUUACUUGUUCAUUAUCGCACUAGCAGAUAUGGAAUAUCGUAACGUAUACGGAUUUCACGAUAGCCAAUGGAGAUCCAGCAUUACCUGUACAGUUGCUGGAUUAUUAGCAAUGCUUUCCAGUGAGACAUCGGUACUCUUUGUAUUUCUCAUUACAGUUGAACGAUACUUAGCUUUGAGGUACCCGUUUACUGCAGGACUUAAGAGGAGGAAAAAAGAAAUUUUAGGCGUUACAAUAAUCGUGUGGCUCUUUGGUAUUAUAUUUGCAACACUUCCAAUUUUAUUUUACCAUGACUUUUACAGCAGAUCCACAGUAUGUAUCUCUCUUCCUUUAACUACAGAGAGGUUGGAGGGUUGGAAGUAUUCUACAUUUGGUUUCAUUGGCUUUAACAUAUUGAUUUUCAUGGCUAUACUGAUUGGACAGAUACUGAUAUUCAUAGAAGUAAGGAAAACUGGAAAAGCCCUAAAUAACGACAACACUCGAAGAGAGAUUGCUGUGUUAAGAUCUCUGACAUAUGUUGUAUUAUCCGAUACGUUUUGCUGGAUUCCUAUUAUUUUGAUUGGAAUAGCGGCAUAUGCGGGACUGGAAAUUUCAUUUGAUAUAUAUGCAUGGGUUAUCGUUCUUGUGCUACCAAUUAAUUCUGCUUUGAAUCCAAUUAUAUACACCUUCAGCUUGAUAUACAAACAGAAACAGCAAAGACAAAUCAGACAUAACCAUAUCUAGAGGCAAUAUGAACAAGAUUUGAAUCCACUCAGUGCUUAACCUCGUUAUUUUCCUACUGAAGAACCAUGAACAUGACACGUAACAUUUCAUUGUAUUACCGUAUUAUCCAUGUUUAUCUUGAUCCCUUUCUCCC